GCAGAUUUCAGUGAACUUCCACUCCCACAGGAUGGAAGUUAAUGUUGCUAUGGAGAGAGAGCUUCUGAUUGGCCACAUUUGGUCACAUGAUGCUCCAUCCGCUCUGUGACUCUUGGUGUUUGACAACAAUGGCUUCACCCCAGAAGGAGAAGCGUUGCCCCCCUAAAGUUCACCAAAAGUCUCUGAAAUGCACCGUGUACUUGGACGUUCAGGCUGUCACAUGUCCAGGUGUGCUCCUGUCUAAGAAGAAUGAGAUCUACCUGAGUGUGUGCAUCAUGGGCCAGUACAGGAAGACCCCCUGUUUGCCCCCUAUCUUCCCUUUACGCUUUCACCAUAAAAUGGUCUUUGUCAAGUCUUUCCCUGACGUGGUUGACCCUGCUGAUGUAGCUAACCUCCUAGAAGCUGACACAACAUGUUUUGAGCUGAUUCAGUUGGUGCCUCCAGAGGGCGAGAUCCUAGCCACAAUGGAGCAGAGUUGCAGAGAUUUCCUGUAUCCUGAUCCCGGAUUAAACUCAGGAGGAAAAGUUGCAAAAAGAGAGAUACUGAUGAAGAGGUCCCGCUCAUUUCAUGGAAUCUCCCCCAAGGUGGAAUUUGCCACAGAAUCAGUCAUAGAAGAGAGUGACGGCCGUGACAGUAUGUCCCUGUUACCUAACUGCAGACUCUCUCCAGUGAGGCCGUCUCUGUCCCCAAGCAUAUCAGGAAAAAUGUCUUCAUCGUCCAAACCACUUUGUCAGUCCAGCUGGCGCUUUUCCAAAACAGAUGAUGGGAACUGUGUCUCUUUGAAAAGUGGGCAGAAGAAGCAAAAUGAUAAAGCUAAAAUCCCAGACUCGUCUCUGUUGCCAGCGUCUAGACACUCUCCUUCUCCUUCGCCAGCUGCCUGUAAAAACACCAAGGACAGAAAACACACUGUGUCUGGGAAGUGUAGCUACCAGCGUCCCACGGUUUCCUCCAGGACACGAGCCCUGUCCCCGUACACCCACCGCCGGAUGUGUCAGCUGUCAGAGGAUGCCCGACAGAGGCUCAGCCACCUCCGCCUCGGCCCUCACCUCUUCAGAAAGCACUCAGAGAGCCAGCCGCCCUUCCUGGUGUCUCGAUACACUAAUGUCUCUGGGGUUGGAUCGCCUUCGCCCUCGUCUCCACAGGACAGUCAUGUACAUCAGCGAUCCAUCAGCUUUGCAGCUGAUCACACAGACUCUUCUCUCCUGGGGAGGUACAGACCAACAACAGCGAAAGUUCGGUCCAGCAGUGGUGGGGGCCAGUCAUCCACAGGGACACAGUCCAGACAUGAGCCUCACAUCAAAAACCCAGUCAGAGGUUCUUGGUCAGCUCCGUCCGACCCAGCUGGGUCCAGCUCUCCAAGCCCUCUAAAUCUCACAAGUCCUUCCCUCAGACAGAGGUUUCAGAGCAGUCCAUCGUACAGUGAUCAGAUCCACAGGCGAGUCCAGAGGAUUCUGCAGACACACAGACACACAGACACACAGACCCACUUGGAGCCCGCAAGUGACUUUUGACCCACCAGUUUGACCAGAAGGUAGACUUCAACUACUCUGGUGAUGACAAGCAUUGAAUAAGAAAUAGAAAAAAUAGUUGAAGAGCUGAAGAAAAAUAGUUGAAGAGCUAGAGGAGGUGUCUGGGGAGAGGGAAGUCUGGGCAUCCCUGCUUAGACUGUUGCCCCUGCGACCCGGCCCCAGAUAAGCAGAAGAAAAUGGAUGGAUAAUGUGAUGUAAUCAUCCUGUGAGCUCAACCACUCAUGUAUCCACGUUGGCCUUCAAUUAAAUUUCCAAACUCCCCAAACACCUGCUGAGCCGUGUUUGUUGCUGUUUCUCUUAAAAAGGUAGGAAAUUAGUAAGGGUUAUGUUUAAAAGCGAAGCAGCACUAUUUCCUUCCCACCCAUCAGCUGGGCUGGCUUUUUUAAAUAAGAAACUCUGAUGAUGAAACCUGAAAGGAGACACUGUCUAAUUUCUGUAUGUGAAGUUGGCUUGGGAAUAAAGCAGCAGCAUUUCAUGUUUGCACAUGUGGGAAGAAGAUAUGGUGGAUGGAUGGAGGCUGAAGCUGUUGAAGCCUCAUCAAAAGAGAGAUGAGAAGGACAAGGAGGUUUCUGAGAGUCAGUAGCGAUGAGAGACCACAAACAAAAGGAACCCUGAAUGAAAAAGCAGAUGUAGAAAUUCAGCCUAAAUUAUGCCACCCAUUCACAAACACUGAAAUGUCUCCAAUUAAAAGUCUAUGUAGCAUUUAUAAGUGUAUGUUAAUGACACCGAGGUUAUCUGCCGACCUGUGAGGAUUAUCUCCUUUAUUCUUGUGACAUUCUUCAUAUUUCAGCCACAGCACGGUGUCUUGUAACAGUUAAUGUUUGUAUGCAUAUUCCAAAUAUAACAUUCAGCAUUUGACAGUGCAUUUAAUAGCACAUUCUGAAAUAGGCCUUUCCUGAAUAAUUUCCAAAUAAGACUUAUGGGAUGUGCAUAUAUUAUUCCAGUUUUAAGGUUCUUUGUUUAUAUAGAAAGUACAUUUUAAAUAUGCCUCUUAUUGCAGAUCUUAAAGGACUGAAACUCAUCAGCGGGGGUGGAGACUCCUCCAACUUUGAACCAAGGUCCAUGUUUCUAUUACAUUUAAUACACGUUUUUCUUUAAGGUUUGCUUUCAUGGUGCAGUUGCUAGUAGACAUUGAAGUGUAAUACAUACAGGCUGCAGUGCAUCCAACAUUGUUCAUUUGCCUAUUUACUUCCCCUUGGCCAACUUCCGGCCAAAGGGGUAUUGUAAUCAUUUUAUUGUCCAUCUGUCUGUCCAUUCAACAACAUAAUCACAUUAACUGAAGAAUGCAUUGACAUAUCUGCACCAAAUUUAUAUAGUGGAUGCAUCUUGGCAUGGAGCAGAAGCCUAUUGAAAACUAGGUCACAUUGACCUAGUUUUUCAAGUUCAAAUGGUGACAUGUCUUUUCAACAACGUAACCACUAUAUUUGGCCGAGGGGUAUUAAAAGUGCGCUGCACAUUGUUUUACUUUAUAGCCUUGAAUGGCCUCCUGUAAUAGUCUUUGAGUCUAAACCAAUCCAUGGUUUAGUUUUGUCUAGACCAAGAACAGAAGAAACGACUGCUUUUUAACUCUAUGGCAGAGGAUGUCGACAGAAAA